CCAUCAUCCAUCCAGUGCCGCGGCUGACUCCACAGUGCCAGUGUGUGUGUGUGUAUGUGGUGGACCUCGACCGGCCAAUCGGGUCUCUUGACUUGUGUCUGACCUUUUUUCCGGGGGCAUCCUGCAAGCCACAGUGACCUCCUGCUGCGCGAUCCUGAGUGGGCUGAGUUGUUUGUUCUGAGGACGUCGUUGUCGUUCCCGUUGCUGCUGGAUAGGAUAGUCUCCCGGGACGGAUGCUGAGGAGUGUGCGAGUGGAGUGAGAGAGAGAGAGAGAGAGAGAGAGAGAGAGAGAGAGAGAGAGAGAGAGAGAGAGAGUAAAGGAGAAGGGAUAUAAGUGUUUAUAGUGCUCCCCAGCUGCUCAAAAAAUCUCCUUCUUGCAAAGAGGGAUCUUAUUUUUAGUGUGUGAUAAGAAAAGAGAGAAAAAAAAAGAAAGAAAAAAAAUUAAAAAUAUCCUUCUCCUGUCAGCGAAGAGGGAAUCGGGAAAAGCGGAGGAAUUAGUUGGUUAAGUGAUCGUGACCGAAAUCAUCAUAUGUUUCGCAUCAGCUUCUGAAAUUGCGAGCGAGUGCCGGCCCAGGGAGACUAUCCUCUCGCCUCUGUACUGGAGAAACGGCGGUUUUUGCAAAAGUGGGUGAAGUACUGUAGUACGUCUUCAGAAAGGCUUCGAAAACUAGGACGAAAAAAGUUGAAUUGACUGGAAAAAAACAUCACCAGGAUCGCCAGGCUUACUUCCCAUCAUCUUUUGAUACGAAUCGGUGGCUGUGUCCUCUUCCUCGACUCGACUGAGUUUGGGGGAGAAGAGGAUAAAAGAGGACAAAAGAGGAGACAGGAUAGACAGCACAGCACAGCACAGCAGCAGCACAUUAUGGCAAUAUACUACAUGAGGUGUCCCCGCGCACGGUACUUUCCCAUCACUGCUAGGUAGAAGGGAACUCGACCCAACAGCCUCUGAAUUUCUGUCAGAUGGCCUGUCAUCAUCAUCAUCAUCAUCACCUGCAGCAGCCAAACACCUCAUUGUCGUCAGCAAGAAGCUCCUCUGGUUCUCUGUCGAUCAUUCCGUUCGCAAACAACAACAUCAACAAAAACAGACCGUCAUUAAAACGUCCUUCUUGGAGAUGCAAUGAAAGUAGAUGUUUCUCUAGGUAGACUUGCCACUUCAGAUGCAUAUACAACAUAUAUCUACUUUUCAUCUUCAUCUCUCUCUCUCUCUCUCCACGUAUUUUGGAUAACUCCGUCUGUCGAGUCACGCCAUCAGCGAUGGUAGUCGAUGUAAUGGUCUCGCACGCUCUCUUUUCAUCGUUGCUGUGUCUGAGCUGCUGCUCCUGCUGCUCCUGCUACUCCUGCUCCUGCUCCUGGAAGGGCGAAGAGAGAGCCUCCUAAGGAUUUAAAUGUGCCUUCACGUCGGUGACGUCCCAGCGACACGAACUCGAUCAACAACUCUGGCGUUGUGGUGAGAGAGAGCAACGCUUUAGCGUAGACAUAAGUUUGAUAAGAAGACACAUCUGCGCCCCUCCAUAAUAAUAUUAUAUAUAUAAUAAUAACCGUGAAGAAGAAGAAGAAGAAGAAGUCGAGUGAAUCGUCAAAUGCAGUAGAUAAAACGGAUUAAUUAACUAGUUUAACGGGCUCCGUAGAUUUUGAUACCCAUUGGAAUAAAAUUGGUAGUGUUUUAUAUUUUGUACAUUUCCGCUUUGUGAUGAAAAUAGUCAGCGUCACACGUUGGCCUCCCAUCGAAAGUCUCUCCCAGGAGUGAUAUAAAUUCUCGCCAAGGAUGAUGCAGAAGACGACCACGACGACGACCACGACGACGACGACCUUGUGGGAAAAAAGCAAACCGUCUCUGGCGUCCCGGACCCUUGACGUUGUUGUCUGUCAAGAGUCGCAUAUCAGCUCAGCCCCGUUUUUGCUCACGUUGUCGAUGACACAGCGCUCAAUCGUCACGGUGGUGAUGACUGCUUAAUUCAUGAAUGGCCCCGAGAGGUUGAAACGUCACUGAAGGGUCAUGACAAUAAGAGAAAUAAGAUAAAUAAACAACAAACCGUUUGCUUCAUCGUUGUUUUUGAUGGUCUUCGUAACAUUUAUGACAAUCCCUUUCUUACUGUUGUUGUGUGUAGGGUGUAGGAGACUGCUGUCCUUUCCAUUAUAAGAGUCUUUCUGAGCUGCGUUGGCUGCAAUCACAAAACUCGCUCAUUCAGUGUGUUCAGAGUAUUCAGUGGUGAUAGUCAUUCUUGAGUUCUGGGUACAUUUGGCUGUUGGAAGUUUUAAGGAGGAAGAAGUUACUGUCUCAGAUGCUUAUCAGUGGAUGUUUCAGGCCGCCGCUCUUUUUUUCUUAGGAUAUCUUGGUGCUGCUGUUUCCGAAUUUGAAGACAGAUUUUUGUACAGAAUUUUCUUGGACACUCAGUAUCAGGCUUUUAUUGAUCAGUAGAUUGUAUAAAGACUGAGGAAAGCUCAUUUCGUUGUCUGUCAUCACUUUGCACGUUGUGAUUACUGGGGACUUGGUGGUUUUGUGGCUAUAGUAGUUUCGUGUUUUAUACUGCAGCAUUUGUAAAUAUUUUUGCUUAACCGUAAUACAUACGUAUAUGAAAGAGUCAGUGGCUGAUCUCAAGCUUCUGGGUUAGUUUUCCCUUCAGAUUACCAUCAAUUUCUUUACCAAUCUGGGAAGUUGAUUUAUGCUUUUUCUGACACAUUGUAGGAAUCAUCUUCCAGUUUUCAUUCAAGAGUUGGCAGCUGAUUUAAUCUCCAGUUGGUUGUCUUCGUGAAACUUUAGGUGCUAUUUUUUUCUGGCAAAUGUCAGGUUGACUGUUACUACUUAUUCAGUAAAUCAAGAAACCGUGUAUCAAACGCUUAGUGAUUGUACAUAGGUUAAGAACGUUGAAAGGGUGUUCUUUCUGUCAUACCGUAAGACGUCUUUGUUAACAUUUAAAGUUCAAAGGAAGUAAGUAGUGUCAUAGCUAUAGAACGUGUUGCCAAUAGUCACAUUUUAUGCAUAAGGAAAGUGGUUAAGUGAACCAAGUAGCAAAUAAAUAAACACGAAAACCAAGUAGCAUCUAAAUACCUUAAUGUAAAAGGCAGACUUUGAAAGUGAAACUGAUAGAAGACUAGUUGAGAAGAAAUGAAGGAGGCUUAAUAUCUCAGUCAGUUUGGUUAGGGAGUGAGUUAUCGUGAUGAGCCAGCCACCAGCCCCACCACCGCGUCGGCAUGUACCGAAGCCGUUCCGUCGUCAGAACAGCUUUGCAGGCUUUCCGAGUACUGCCCUCACGAUUUUCAAUAAUAACAACAACAAUUUCAACAAUAAUAACAAUAAUGAUGGAAGAAGUGCUCAUAAAGUUGCUAAUUCAGUUCCGUCAGCUGCAAUAGCUAGUACAGCAGCUGGUCCAGUUCCUGUAACAACUGCCCCAAUUGUAACUGGUCCUGCUGCUCCUCCUGUAUAUCAACCUCCUCCAGCUGGAAGCAGACCACCAACUGGAUUUUACUCCUUGCCGAGGCACAAUAGGCCUGGGCAUUUAAGUCGGACACUAGGAGUAGGGUUCCACCUUCUUUCCAGAGUACCAACGUCAGGUCAGAAUCCUGGGCCUAGUGCAGCAGAACAGUUAGGAAUAAAUGCUCCAUCACUUCCUAAAGCUCACCGUAGAAACUUGAGCGAGGGAAACUCUGGUGAAAGUUCUAAAGUACUACAAUUAGGUCUAGGAUCUUUACCAAGGAAUAAAAGUUCUCCAAAAGAUUCGUCAUCCGUUUCCUCAGGUGAAUCCAAGGUAAAAUCAUCAGGGAGUAAAAAGAGCAGUAAAGAUGGUGACAGUAAAUCUCGAAGGCGAGAUCCUGAUUAUCAGUCUCUUCCCAGACGCUCACAGAAAGAUCUCCCAAGUAAGAGAUCGCCUAAAGAGACUGAGUCCAAAAGUCAGUCUUCAUCCAAGAAGUAUGACAUUGAACCAAAAUACAAAUCUCUUCCAAGACGACAUGAUGUAGAGGCUAAAUACCAGUUAGCUAGUACUAAACAUGAAGUAGAUCCUAAAUAUCAGUCAUUACCAAGGAAGCACAUUGGUUGUGGUAAGUGUCCAACAUUCCCCAAGAAACGUAGCGAUGACAGCAGUAGUGGAUCUCAGUCAGAGAAGAAACCCGAAAUCAUUCCAGUUCCUCCGCCGCCAUCUUCAUUACCAAAACGGCAGGAUGGCAACAGUGAUCAUCUGCCAUCCUCUCCUAAGAAGGGAAGCAGUGACCGGAAUGUUCUCUCAUCACCAAAGAAAAGAGAGGUGGGACAGUCACCACCUAAAGCAUUUGAAAAGCCAUUGGUUCCCCAUUUGUCCUCUUCACCUAAACGGCGACAUUCAGAAUCAAAAUAUCAGUCUCUGGCUCUCAAGCAGUACGAUAUUGACCCAAAAUAUCAAGAAUUACCUAUCAAGAAACCAGAAGUUGAUCACAAGUAUCAAACAGUACCACAAAAGAGACAUGAAAAUGAAAGUAAAUACCAAUCAAUUCCACUUAAGCAAUAUGGUGUAGAUUUGAAGUAUCAGGCAGUACCGCAGAGACGCUAUGAAUUAUUUGAUCCUAAAUAUCACGCUGUUCCUACGCAGAGGUAUUUUGUUGAUCCAAAAUAUCAGACUUUUCCUCAAAAGCGCCACGAUCCAGAGCCACGAUACCACUCUGUUCCAACUAGUGUACCUGACACAAAUGUAAAAUAUCAACCUAUACCUGCACCAAGAUAUGACAUAACUCCCCAGUAUAGAACCAUACCACCUAGAAGGCAUGAACCUGAUUCCAGGUACCAGCCCCCUCAGCCACCUAAGACUGACAAUUAUCCCAAAUUCCAACCGGUGCCUUUGAAGAAAAAUGGUGAACCUAAUUAUCAUCAUUUUAUAACAAGACCUCAUGAGCCUGACCCUAAACAUCAACAGUUACCGCCAAAACGAACAGAACCUGAUCCAAAGUAUCACCAUUAUCCACCACCAAGGCCCAAUGGGGAACCAAAUUAUGCAACUAUUCCUGCAAGAGUUCAUGAAAUGGACCCAAAACGCCAACAUCAGCAUCCUCAUCCUCAUCCUCAUCCUCAUCCUCAUCCUCAUCAGCAUCAACAUCCACACCAACAUCUACACCAACAUUCACAUCAGCAUUCACACCAGCAUCCACAUCAGCAUCCACACCAGCAUCCCCAUCAACAUCCACAUGCAAUUCCUCAUGUUCACACUCAUCCUCACGCUCAUACUCAUUCUCACGGUCCUCCAGAGUAUGAGUCCAAAUAUCAACAACUACCUCCAAGACCAGACCUUGAGCCAAAAUACCAGCAGAUACUUCCUCGUCCCGACAUAGAACCAACCUACCAGCACCACCCGAGGAGACCUGACAUCGAACCUAGUUAUCAGCCAUUGCCAAGGAGGACUGAUGUUGAACCAGCUUAUCAGAUUCUUUCAGGAAGACCAGAUAUAGAGCCUAAAUAUCAGCAGCUACCAAGAAGACCCGACAUUGAGCCCAAUAUACAGCAGAUGCCUCCGAUGAGAUCAGACAUUGAACUAAAACCUCAGUAUUCACCUCCAAAACCUGAUAUUGAACCAAAGUAUCAGCAUAUUCCCUUGAGAAAACCAGAUGGUGAGCCCAAAUAUCAGCAGUUGCCAACAAGAAAGGUGGAAGGCGAAUCAAAGUAUGAUCCUAAGUAUCAGCCACUGCCACAAAGAAGACCAGAUGGUGAACCAAGUUAUCAACAGCUUUUACCCAGAAAACCUGAUAUUGACCCUAAAUAUCAACCACUCCCUAUAUAUAGACCCAAUGGAGACCCUAAAUAUCCCCAGUUUCCACCAAGAAUGCAAGAAGAAUCAAAAUAUCCUCAAAUGGUUCCGAGAGACUUCGAUCCUAAGUACCAACAACUUCCACUCAGAAGGGUUGAAGGGGAGGCAAAAAGUCAGCCUCUUCCUUUAAGACGGCCAGAUGAUGAACCAAAGUACCCGCAACUUCCUCCAAGGAAUGAUUUUGAUCCAAAGUAUCAACAACUUCCACCAAGACGACCUGAGGGAGACCCCAGAUAUCACCCACUCCCUCCUUUAAGACUUGAAGGCGAACAUAAAUGCCAGCAUAUCUUGCAAAAGACAGCUGGUUAUGAUCCUAAAUUCAAACAGCCACCAAUUCAAAGAGUAGAUCCUGAACCUAAGAUUCAGCAUCUUCCUCCAAGAAAUGAAUUUGAUCCCAAAUAUCAAGAAUUGUCUUCACAAAAGCCAGAUGGUCAAAGCACGUAUCAGCAAGUUCCUCCAAAGAGGCAUGAAUAUGAAUUCCAGCCUAUAAUGACUAUAAGGCCAGAUGAUGAACAUAAACAUCCACUUCUAUCAACAGUUGGAUUUGAUUAUGAAUUUGAACCAAUUCCAAUUAUAAAACCUAAUUAUGAUUUGUCAUAUCCAUCAAGAAAACCUGAUGGUGACAGUCAUCCCAAACCUCCUGUAACUUCCAGUUGUCAAAAUCACACUGCUCAAGUGAAAGAUCAGCAGAUACCCUCUAAAGUCCAAGUAAAUGUUGCAUUAUUACAAGCAAUCAAGGCUCCAACACCACCCGAAGAAGAAGAGCUGUAUCAACCUAUUCCAUCAAAGCCCAUUCCUCCAAAUCCUGUAAAUGUUGUAUCACAGCCAGACAUACCACCAUCUAUUCCAAUUCCUUUGACAACAUCAUCAGUAUCGAGGCCUUUGCAUGUGAGUGUCCAAUCAAAACCACAAGGGAGUGUACCAUUGUAUGAAACACUCUCUCCUAAAACACAAGAUGACAUGCCUGUCUAUGAAACAAUACCUCCUAAGGUACAAACAACCCUUCCUUUAUAUGAAACUCUAGUUCCCAAACCGCCAAGUAACAUUCCUCUUUAUGAGACUCUUACUCCUAAGCCUAUAAUUAAUGAAGUACCACCCACGAUGUUGAAAACUUCAGAGGCUGAAGCACCCACUACUGUAAGUGAACCGCAUUAUCAUACUUUAGCACCCAAAAUAAAUGAACCUGAACCUCUGUAUCAGUCUUCACCAGAUGCAAGAGAUGAGGAUCCAGUUUAUCAAGCAGUUACGCCACAGAUGAUUCAAGACGUAAAAGAAAAUUACCGGUUACUACAGCAACGCAAAGCAGAGCAAGAAGCAAAAGCUUUAGCUGCACUCACAGAGCCUAAGAGAAUAAAAGGGGAUAAGUAUCAUUCUCCAACCAAAAGAACAUUCAGAGAGCGUGAUAGUGAGUUGAAACAUUCUCCAACUUGUAGAACAUUCCGAGAACGAGAUAGUGAGUCAAAACGUUCACCAACCUACAGAACUUUCCGAGAACGUGAGGAAGCGAAACAUUCGCCAACUUGCAGAACUUUUAGAGACAGAGAUGAUGAAGUUAAGCAUUCACCAACAAAAAGAACAUUUAGGGAGAGAGAUGGGGAUUCAAAACAUUCACCUACAAGCCGAACCUUUAGGGAAAAAGAUCUUGAUGUCAAGCAUUCUCCAACAAAAAGGUUAUUCAAAGAUAGGGAUGGUGAUUCAAAACAUUUCCCAAAGAAACCUCCUAAAAGUGAGCCCAAAUAUCAGCCAUUACCUAAGAAAAGGGACAAAGAAAGUGAAGGUAAAUAUCAAACACCAUCUCAACGAAGUUUAGCAAGUCGAAGGGAUACUGCACCGCCUCCCAACUUUAGGUGGCCUCCAGCAGAUGAUAAUGAUGGUAUUUACUCUAGCCUUGAGUACCCAAGUGAAGGGCGUAGUGAUGGACCUAGUGAAGAUGAAAUAUAUUCUAGUUUGGGUACUACAGAUGAUCCAGUAUACCAGAGUGUUGGUGAAUCCUCUUAUUCACGACCUCAGCCACCUCUCCCCGCACCAUCCAAGUACAGGCGACGUGUUGAUGACCCUCCCCCACCAUUACCUCCACCAAGACUCACAACAGGCCCUGUGGGGCCACACAAUCCAUUAGUAUCCCCAAGUUCUGGUGUAGCACCACCUGUUCUUGGGCCGUGCGGUCCAAGGCCACCCGUUCCUGGUCAACGAGAACCUUACCCUGUAGGCAGUAGUACAAGCCCAAGUCCAGAAAAUCUUCUUAUGCAAUCCGCACCACCUUGGCCACAUCGCCAGAAUCCAUUCCCAGAUAAUGAUGAAGUCUACUCCUCCAUCCCGUCUUUCCUAAGUUCGUCACCGGAAGUACCUCCCGCCACUCUGCCUCGCGCAGCGCAGACCGGGCGUGUUGCUCCCUCAGCCUCGUGGAACUCCCUAGGAUCUUCCAGUAGGUCCUCCUGGGACUCCCUAGGAUCUUCGGUGAGAUCUGAUGGCACCGGUAAUGCUCGCCAGCGACGCCGUCGAGCGCGAUCGGACCCUCGCAUGGAUGCCGGGGUCUUGCACCGCUUGGCCUUCACCGUAUGGCACACCGCCUUGCACAUCGAAAAAGAGAAUAACAAUGAAGCAGCUCUGACGCAAAGACAACCCACGAUCAGCAGUAGAAAUACCCAGUCGGAGGCGCGCCUGAACCGCGUGAUGGCGGGUUCCAUGGGCCUGGCGGGUUCGGGCGGCGGCGGGAACGGCGGCGGCGGAGGAGGACCCAAGAUGGACGUCGUGUACGUGACGGAGAAGAUCAUCUCCCUGGCGUUCCCCCCGAAUCUCGACGAUGCCACCUAUACCCUGCACCUGCGGGAGGUCGCCCACAUGCUCUCCUCCAAGCACGGCGACAAUUUCAAGGUGUUCAACUUGUCCCAGCACGGGGAGAUCAGCCACUUCCUGCCGAGGGUGUUGGAGCUCGGGUGGGCGGACCACUUGGCUCCUGCCCUGGAGAGGCUGUGCUCCAUAUGCAAGGCGCUCGACUCCUGGAUCACCCAGCACCCGCAGCACGUUGCCGUACUGCACGCAAGAGGUGGCUACGAGAAACUUGGCGUGGUCAUCGCGGCGUAUAUGCACUACAGUAAUAUUUGUGCGUCCACCGACCAAGCUCUCGACAGAUACGCCAUGAAGCGCUUCUUCGACGACAAAAUAGGGCAGCUGUACCAUCCAUCUCAGAAGAGGUACGUGCAGUAUUUCGCAGGUUUGCUCUCUGGGGUGAUACGCAUCAACUCUAGUCCACUUUACCUUCACACGCUCACCCUCUACGGCAUCCCACAUUUUGAGCCGACGGGCGGCUGCCACCUCUUCGUCAAGAUAUACCAAGGCAUGACCCCGAUCUUCACGUCCGGCAUCUACAACCUGACGGAGACCAUGAGACAGGUCACGAUCGUGUUCGAGACGGUCGUCCAGCUUAGGGGCGACAUCCUCCUCAAGGCGUACCACAGGAGGCUCAUCCCGGCCUCCAGGGAGGUCAUCUUCAGGAUACAAUUCCACACGUGCGCAGUCUCCGAAAAGUACCUCUCGUUCACGCGGCAUGACCUUGACGAUGCUUGCAAUGAUAUGCGGUUCCCUCUGGACGGAAGCGUGGAGCUCUUCUUCACCCAUUCUCCGGACGAGCGACCGCAGACGGUGUCCAACGUCUCCUGCGACAAGUCCCCCUGUGCCAUAGCGUCCUGGAACUCCUACGAGAACAUCAGCCUCAGCUAUAGCCAGGUUGAGGACCAAGGUAUGUCCCAUGAGAGUCGUUCUUUCCCCUUCAACAAAUGUUCCAAAAGUGUGGGUGGUGUGAGUGGAGUCAGCCACACCUUGGGUCCCCUAGACGGUUCCCUUUACGCCACUGUAACAAAGAAACGCCCCAGUCAGCAGCAACAGCAACAGCAGCUGCUGCAGCAGCAGGUCGCCCCCCCGCCCCACUCCCCGGUCUCGCCGAACGCCCCCCCUUCCGCCGCCCUCACGCCCUCCCCGCACGGGCUCGUGAAUGGUCGCUACGCCGCCUCCAUCGACUCGGGCAUAGCCUCCAGUAACUCCGCCGGCGCAGCGCCCGUCUCCCCGCCCACGUCGGACACUUCGCGGGCGUCUGGAGACUCCAGAGGGACGGCGGCGGCGGUAGCGGAAGGGCGGGUGGUGGGCGGCGGCGGCCCGCCGCCCCCCCUCGUGGACGCCCGCCAAUUGGACGAACUGCUCCAGGGGAUGCUGCUCGACAUCCAGAGCAUUCCGGACUUGAGACCGUCUCAGACGCCGGCCCCGGACAUCGACUCCAUCCGGUGCCCGGACUUCGGCAUGGCGCCCAAGGCGGAGCCGCGGACGAGUCUGACGGGGCGGACGACGUCCCUGGAGAUGACCACCACCACCUCACAGUACGUCCCCCCUCCCCCCCUCAGUCCCGUCAACGGUUACAGCGGCUCCACCACCCACGACUCGCUCCUGGACUCCUCCCUGAGCACGACGGCGGAGGACCUCCCCUACCACGCCCGCACCGACAGCAAGCCCUUCAGCUACGGCGCCGUGACCUCCUCGCCUCUCCUGACCCGUCACAGGACGACGUCGGAGCCCCUGGCCGAGGUCAUCCAGCCGCCCCCGCCCGCCUCGCCCUCCAUCCACCGGAGGAACUCGAGGGAGACUUUAAGCCAGCACAGGGCGGGUCUGGAGUCGCCGAGCCUGGUGAGGCGGAUGUCGGGCAGCAUGGGCGGCAGCCCGCCGGAGGAUGCGAGAGGAGGAGGAGGAGGAGGAGGCACCGGUGCCAGCAGCAGUCGCAGAUCGCCCUCGCCGUCGCCAGAACCGGGGAGUCGCGGAGGGACGCUGCAGAGGCAGAGGUCCCACACCCUUACUUCGCGGAUCAUGGCCGGGGAGGGCACGCCCACCUCAACCCUGACGCGCUCGGAACACACCAGGUCAGCCUCCAGAUUGGACGACUCUCUCGACCUCUCGUACGAUCCCCACAGCCGAAGCUUCAGCAGUACAGGAAGCAACACUUUGUCAUGGCUUCAGAUGCAACAGCGCAAACUCGCUGAGCGCAGAGAAGCCAAAGUUCGAGCGGAAAGGGGACCUCAGGAGGCAAGAAUGCUUUCAGAACUCCGCACCCGGAUGAAUCAGCAACAACGCACUACAACCCCAAGUUCUCGAGACGAGGACGGUUAUGUCAGUGACACCACACUUCUGUCAGAGACUUCACGUGAAUCUUCGCCCGUCAAGACACUAGCACCCCUAACGAUAAAUACUGGAGUGACAUCGUCAUCAACAAUGCCCCAGAAACCUCCCAUUGGUCAUUCAACGCCAGCCAGGGGCAACUCGGCUCCUUCAUCUCCAAUUCUGCCUACCAGGUCAGCUUCCCGGGAAAGAACAGUCAGAUACAACCCACCUCCAAGUAACCAGCGAAGUCUUCCCAGAAAGCAUUCUGACACAUCGCAUGAUAGAGAGCGACCUUUCGUAGCAGUUAAGAGAGCACAUGAAAAUGCUAAAACUUCCGAACCAGUGGAUUCUUCAUCGGCUUUAAGCCAGCUUCAGACCUCACCUCAUGGCCAUAUCAACUACACAUCAUACGCUUCAUCCAGUACAACUGAUGGCCUACUUACAACUGUCGUUUCCUCCUCAAACCAGGAGGGACUGGACUCUUUAGAUGCCCUGAGUGCUACCCUUGCCAGUUUGGGCUCCCCUACUCAUCCCCUCACCUCCACUACCUCACUGCCCAACCCUUUAAGCAGCACUACUACCACCACUACUACUACCAUCACCACCACUGCUGUCACCAGUACUGCUGAGUCACGGCAUAGUCUGACGGCUCAAACACCCCAGAGCCGAGACGACAGUGCUUGGCAGAGUGACACAGAGAGCAGCUUUGGAGGUACCCGUCCAAUAACGCCAGGGUUUCCUCCAGCAACACCUACUACUCCGUAUUUGAACCAAGGGCUUCCACCUAAAAGUCCCACAAUGCAACGAAGAGCUCAUCUUGGCCUGUCCUCUCUCUCGUCUCGACCUACCAUCAAAAAGUCUGCGUCACUCCCCAGCAAAGAGAUGGGUGUUCGUAGCCCAUCCCCAGCUACGUCUCAGACUGUGCGGCAAGAACUCAAUGGUCACUCGAGUCCAGCCCCUUCUUUAUACCAUGGUCAGUCCCGACGCUCAUCUCUAACGUCCCUCAAUGAAUCUACCGAGGUCAUUUCUUCACAUCCCAAAUUUGUGAAAGAUAUUUCCAAGUUUUGGUACAAGCCAACUAUUACAAGGGAUGAAGCAAUUAAUAUGCUUAAAGACAAGGCUCCAGGAACUUUUGUUGUUAGAGACUCUAACUCCUUCCCUGGAGCAUUUGGAUUAGCAUUGAAAGUUUCUACCCCACCCCCUAAUGUUACAAGUAAAUCUGGUGACCCUGCGAGUGAACUCGUCCGGCACUUUCUUAUUGAGCCAACUUCAAGAGGAGUUAGACUAAAAGGCUGUGCAAAUGAGCCUGUAUUUGGGUCACUAUCAGCAUUGGUAUAUCAGCACUCAAUUACUGCCCUGGCUCUACCUUGUCGCCUAAUGCUCCCAGAAAGAGACCCAGCUGGUGUUGUAGAUACUGUUGAUGGUGGUAUUAAUAGUAGUAGCAGUGGCAGUACCACGACACAGCUCCUCCAGCAGGGGGCUGCUUGCAAUGUACUAUAUCUUCAUACAGCUGAUACUGAAAGUCUAACUGGACCACAAGCUGUUAAAAGAGCAGUGAGUCUAAUGCUUGCUGCCAAGGUAACUCCAACAGUUGUCCACUUCAAAGUAUCAGCACAAGGAAUUACGUUAACUGACAAUGAAAGAAAACUAUUCUUCAGACGUCAUUAUCCCGUUCACACUAUUUCCCACUGCGGUUUAGACCCUGACGACCGUCGUUGGGCACAUAAAAAUGAGGAAGGAUCCCCUCUUGGAUCUCUGAGAGUGUUUGGGUUUGUGGCAAAGAAAGGAGCUAGUCGAACUGAGAACCAGUGUCAUAUUCUUGCUGAACUUGAGCCUGAACAACCUGCAACAGCAAUCUGUAACUUUGUUACGAAAGUCAUGAUGACUAGUGUCAGUCGACCUAAUCUUGUAUAGCUUAAACUUGUUAAAUUAUUUAAAGAGAAUGAAAAUUUUUAAAAAGUUUCCAGUCAUCUAAAUUAUUGUUCUUGAAACUUAUUUUGACAUUGUUCAGCAAUUUUUUAUGAAUAGGUUGUUUUUUAUAUUAAUAUAUUUCAAAUAUUUUAUAUUGAUGCUCAUGUAGAAUAGGAUCUAUCAAUACGUAUUGAAUAACAGGGUUGGAUAAACAACCAGUGUAAAAUGAACUAGAGUAGUUAUCUAAAAUUAAAGUAGUCUCCAUAUCAGCCAGAAAAUAUUUGCUAUGAUGAAAUCAAGAGAAAUCAGGGAAAUAUAUAGUAUAGUGCUUUAGGGACAAUGUUUUAUGGAGAAACAUAAGCUUUGAGAGUAAGAUGCCAUUUUCUCAAACUAGCUAUUCUCUAUCUAGAUACCAAAAUUCCAAAUAGGCAGUAAGUUGUCUCUAGCUGAAACCAAAGUAUUUGUGGUGACCUGCAAACAUUUUAAAUCAAAAGUGUAAUUUAACAGGAAUUGUAAAAAUAGGGUUAAAUUCACAAUGGGAAAAAUUGAUUAGUUGUGAUAUUAAUUAUGCAAACUUUUCAUUGCCAGAAAGUAACUUACCCAAUAAGUAGAGACUUGUCUUAUAGUGUUAUUAAAUUUUUGUAUGAAAAACCUGAUUUUGCACAUCAGACGAUAACCAUGGAAGUGUUCAUUAAAAUGUUCAAUAUAUAAUAAAUGUGUUGAAAUGUUUAAUCUUUUGAACAGUGUUGUGUACUUCUGCACUAUCGAAUAUAAACUAAUUUUCACACAGUUCAUGUGUUUAACAAUCAAAUACAAAACUUGUCAUUGUUUUUUGCUUUACAUGUGUGUUGCAUUAGGUUAUACAAACUACAAUAAGAAUUAUGCGUUAUUACUAGAGGAAAAUUUUAAUAUAAAACUAUGUUCUUUUCUAAUAAAAGAUUUCAAAUCUCUCUCUAUAGAAUACGCAGUAAUGACUUAGUCUUGCUUUAUUAUGCACUUUGAAUUCAUAUGCAAAUAUUUCAUACCCAUAAACUCUUGAAUAUCAGUUCAUUAACACAUUUACAAAUAAAUGUAUUAUUUGUAUUUAAUGUAAAUCUGCAUUUAUAGUGUGCAUAAAUCUAAGGUGACUUAUACCAGUGAAAUUCAGCCGUGUAAAUUUUGUAUUUAGUGAUUUAAUCUAGUUUGUCCUUUGUAUUGGCAGCCAUGUUUGAGUGAAAGCACAUGGGAAUGUGUUAGUCACUGUUCCAGACAUCUUUGAAUGUUUUGUACAUAAUGUCCAUAUGUUUAAGUGAUAGUAAUACAAAACUUUUAUCAGUUUUGAA